AUGGCUUUCGACCACACCCUCUGUCAUGACGUAGCAAGGAUUAAACAAUCAUUCCCUCUGGGAGUCUGUGAAAUUGAGCUAGCACAAUUUCACUACAUUUCCCAAAAUCCCGCGCUGCGUCCCAAACUCCUCCUACAGGAGAACAAAACGGAAACAUGCGACGUAAGACCUGUCAUUUGUGUGAGGAACGGGACAGAGACCGCGCCACAGUCUCCUCCUACACAGCAGCUGGACACGGACUUCAACAUAGACAGAUGUGUUGCCAAGAGGAAGUGUUUUGCACCUGUGGCGCUGUACAAGCUUGGGGAGCAGGCUACCUGGGUGAGGAGUAUAUCCCAGUUCCAGGCUCACCAGAACGGGGGGAGGGAGCUGGCCAGUCUUAGGGAGUUGGGGCUCUCAGACCUGGAGAUAGAACUGUGGUUCCCCAGAGACCAGCCUUAAAACACUGAGAAGGGUCAUGGGGUGGGUGUGUGUGCCCCCGGGGUGCGGCAGCAGCGUCUGCAGGUGAUCCAGGACAAGAUGGCGGCUCGGGCAGAGCUCAUGUAUCCACAUUGCUUCUCAGCCAGCCGACCCCUGUCCCGCAGAGAGAUGGAGGUCGAGAAGGCCCUGUUCCAUGGUAAUGACCACCAGGGCUUCCUCACUGCACUCUAUCACCAAGAGGAAGAUACCCUGGCUGACCAGCAGGGGGCAUCCUCCUCAGACCUGGACUCUGUACAGCAGGGGUGCCCAGACUUUAGUUACAUAGGAUCUACUUUUUCCACCCUGCUUCCUAACGCGGUCUACCUUAUUGAUUGGAUGGUUUGCACUGAAUGCUAUCAGCUAGCUUAGCAUGGUCUGGGUUGUAGCUACUGAUUGCUAGCCUCAAGCAGGUGUCCAGGUGAUCAUCUGUUAGAGUGGACCGCUACUUUGACUUGAUGAUCUUCAUGUCUUAAAAUGCUGACUCGCAAAGGUAGAUAGAUCCAAAAAAUGCUGUCAAGUACAUGGCAACUUUUUGUACAUGUUUGGAUAUUUUUCCUCCACGAUAAGGUUCCAAAAGUGUUCCCCCAAUGCCCUCGAUUUGAUAUAGAGGUCGCUUUGCAGAGUCAAAAUUUCACUCUUGACGGCUGAUGUCUCCAUGUGAAACAAUGAUGCAAUUUAAUCAACAUCAACUUCCACACCAAACAGAAAGCACAUAAAUGUUGCCACAGGUUCCAGGAUCGCAAAGUCUUGAAAGCGUCGGUCAAAGUCUCGACCAGUCACAAAGUGCAGAUGCCUUUCCCUGACUCGAGUUGACAUAUUGACAUAUUUUUGAAAUUCCGCAGUUCAUGUCGCUGCAAGUGUGAGGACAGCAAUUUGAAUGUUUGCUUAAAAGCUGUCACAUAGCUAAUCAUAUCAACAAUAUUUUUGUAUUUUCCUUGCAGCUUUAAAUUUAGUUCAUUCAGCCGAAAAGUUACAUCGGUCAAAAAAGAUAAAUCUAACAGCCACACUUUAUCUUCCAACUGCUCAUAUUCGGCAUCUUAUGAGGCCAGAAACUCCUUGAUUUCAAAUAACAGAUCCCUAAAUCUCUGCAGGAAUGUACCUCUACUAAGCCACCUUACAUCCGUGUGUUGCAAGAGGUCUGUGUUCAGCUUCACUUUCUUCCAGUUGAGACCUGAAGAGAUCUGCAGACUUCUGGCCUGAAUCAAAUUCACGAUUUUGAGCGCGAUAUCCAUGACAUCGUUCAUAUUCAGCAUUUUACAACACAAGGCUUGUUGAUGGAUUAUGAAGUGAUAAUUGAGGAAGUCUGGAAAGUCAUCACUUUUGCAAAGGGCAAUAAACCCAUUGAUGCAGCCAGUCAUGGCUGAUGCUCCAUCUGUAGUUUGUAAAUGGGUAACUGAUUGCUAUUAAAAAAGUCCUUGAAUGCCACAAAAAUGUCCUCCCCUCGAGUUUUUCCUUUCAGCGAUAUGAUUGUGAGCAGUUCCUUUUUGGCAGUCAUAUCUUCAAACACCAUUCUGAUGAAAAUGCACAACUGAGAUGUGUUGAUCACGUCUGUCGACUCGUCAAAUUGAAGUGAAAAGAACAUUUAUACUCAUUUAUGUCUUUUUUAAGAUGCUCCCUCAAAUCCUCACCCAUCAUUUCACAGUAUUUCUGGAUAGGUGAACAUCCUUAAUAGUGGAAAUGAUUUCUGAUUUAUUUUUGAACACAUCAAACAAUGAGUCUGUUGCCUCUAAAAAGGCCUCUUUUACUAUUUCUCCAUCCUGGAACGGUUUCGUGUGCUUUGCUAGUAUGCAACUCACCCGGGAUUAUGAAAUCGUGGCUGCCUUUGAUUUUGAGCUGGGCCUUGUAAAGAUCGAUUGUUGGGCAGCUAGUUGAGACUUCAACUCUUACUUUUCUCUUACGUAGUUCACUUUUAGCUGGAAAGUCACUUUCAUAUUUCUUGUGAACAGUUUUGAAAUGCCUCUCGACAUUUCCCUUCUUAUCAAGAGCUACGUUUGAAUGGGAAAUCAGUCACACACAUUUUGAAUAUGUUGUGGUGAAAAAAAUUUCUCACUGUGAAAGUAGUUGUUGGUCUCUCGCUGCUUGGUCCAGCACUCAUAUUAAAAAUGUAACUGCAACUUCAUAGGAGAAAAGUAGUAAAAAAAAACAACUACCAUUGGAACAACAAAAAAUAUUGUGUUUCAGGUCUGGCAAGCAUGGAAAUGUAAAUGUACUAACUGCAGACGGUUGCUAUGGUAGCGACAGUUUGGAAAACAAAUGUAGCCACUAUAGUGACGGGGUUGGUCCAAUUUUAUGUCAAUCAAGCAGUUUUUAAAUAUUGCAGUAAUAUUUGAGAAAGAAGCUAACCUGUAAGCAAAGCAUACUGUGCUUCAGAACUGUGGACUUCAUAAAUUUUUAAGCAGACUCGAUGGUAACGCUGUGAAUUGCCAAAAUAUAUAUUUUUAGUGCAUACAUUUUGAAAACUUUUAUGUGGUCUACUAGAAAGAAGUUUGCGGUCGACCGUGACCGACGUCCUGGAUACCAAUGCUAUACAGAGAUGGCCCUAGUGAUGGGAGAAAACGGACUGUAUCAGAGAAUUCUGAACUGAAAACCACAGGUGACUCAUCUCUACCUCAGCCCAGACCUUAAACUGAGUUUGACCAAUCACAUAGCUCAUGGAAAAGCACUGACCAAUCAAAAGUCCAGCCUGACUGUAAAUCUGUCAUUGAUCAAAUCACAUUUUUAUUUGUGUAGACUAAAAGUGAAAUGCUUAUUUAUGGGUCAAUUUCCAACAAUGCAGAGUUAAAUAUAAGAUUUAAAAUUUAAAAAAUAGUGAUACGUGGAAUAAAUAAACAGUGGCUAUAUACAGGGAGUACCGGUACUGAGUUGAUGUGCAGGGGUACGAGGUAAUUGAGGUAGCUACAGUUGAAGUCGGAAAUUUACAUACACCUGAGCCAAAAACAUUUAAACUCAGUUUUUCACAAUUCCUGACAUUUAAUCCUAGUAAAAAUUCCCUGUCUUAGGUCAGUUAGGAUCACCACUUUAUUUUAAGAAUGUAAAAUGUCAGAAUAAUAGUAGAGAGAAUGAUUUAUUUCAGAUUUUAUUUCUUUCAUCACAUUCCCAGUGGGUGAGAAGUUUACAUACACUCAAUUAGUAUUUGGUAGCAUUGCCUUUAAAUUGUUUAAUUUUGGUCAAACCCUUCGGGUAGCCUUCCACAAGCUUCCCACAAUAAGUUGGGUGAAUUUUGGCCCAUUCCUCCUGACAGAGCUGGUGUAACUGAGACAGGUUUGUAGGCCUCCUUGCUCGCACACGCUUUUUCAGUUCUGCCCACAAAUCUUCUAUAGGAUUGAGGUCAGGGCUUUGUUAUGGCCACUCCAAUACCAUGACUUUGUUGUCCUUAAGCCAUUUUGCCACAACUUUGGAAGUAUGCUUUGGGUCAUUGCCUAUUUAGAAGACCCAUUUGCAACCAAGCUUCAAAUUCCUGACUGAUGUCUUGAGAUGUUGUUUCAAUAUAUCCACAUAAUUCUCCCUCAUGAUGCCAUCUAUUUUGUGAAGUGCACCAGUCCCUCCUGCAGCAAAGCACCCCCACAACAUGAUGCUGCCACCCCCGUGCUUCACGGUUAGGAUGGUGUUCUUCGGCUUGCAAGCCUCCCCCUGUUUCCUCCAAACAUACCGAUGGUCAUUAUGGCCAAACAUUCUAUUUUUGUUUCAUCAGACCAGAGGACAUGUCUCCAAAAAGUACAAUCUUUGUCACCAUGUGCAGUUGCAAACCAUAGUCUGGGUUUUUUAUGGCGGUUUUGGAGCAGUGGCUUUUUCCUCGCUGAGUGGCCUUUGUGAGGUUAUGUCGAUAUAGCACUCGUUUUACUGUGGAUAUAGAUACUUUUUUACCUGUUUCCUCCAGCAUCUUCACAAGGUCCUCUGCUGUUGUUCUGGGAUUGAUUUGCACUUUUCGCACCUAAGUACGUGCAUCUCUAGGAGACAACGCGUCUCCUUCCUGUGCGGUAUGAUGACUGUGUGGUCCCAUGGUGUUUAUACUUGCGUACUAUUGUUUGUACAGAUGAACGUGGUACCUUCAGGCGUUUGUAAAUUGCUCCCAAGGAUGAACCAGACUUGUGGAGGUUUACCAUUUUUUUCAGAGGUCUUGGCUGAUUUCUUUUGAUUUCCCCAUGAUGUCAAGCAAAGAGGCACUGCGUUUGAAGGUAGGCCUUAAAAUACAUCCACAGGUACACCUCCAAUUGACUCAAAUUAUGUCAAUUAGCCUAUCCGAAGCUUCUAAAGCCAUGACAUCAUUUUCUGGAAUUUUCCAAGCUGUUUAAAGGCACAGUCAACUUUGUAUGUAAACGUCUGACCCACUGGAAUUGUGAUACAGUGAAUUAUAAGUAAAAUAAUCUGUCUGUAAACAAUUGUUGGAAAAAUUACUUGUGUCAUGCACAAAGUAGAUGUCCUAACCGACUUGCCAAAACUAUAGUUUGUUAUUAAAUUUGUGGAGUUGUUGAAAAACAAGUUUAAUGACUCCAACCUAAGUGUAUGUAAACGUCUGACUUCAACUGUAUACAGUGGGGCAAAAAAAGUAUUUAGUCAGCCACCAAUUGUGCAAGUUCUCCCACUUAAAAUGAUGAGAGAGGCCUGUAAUUUUCAUCAUAGGUACACUUCAACUAUGACAGACAAAAUGAGAAAAAGAAAUCCAGAAAAUCACAUUGUAGGAUUUUUAAUUCAUUCAUUUGCAAAUUAUGGUGGAAAAUAAGUAUUUGGCCACCUACAAACAAGCAAGAUUUCUGGCUCUCACAGACCUGUAACUUCUUCUUUAGGAGGCUCCUCUGUCCUCCACUCGUUACCUGUAUUAAUGGCACCUGUUUGAACUUGUUAUCAGUAUAAAAGACACCUGUCCACAACCUCAAACAGUCACACUCCAAACUCCACUAUGGCCAAGACCAAAGAGCUGUCAAAUGACACCAGAAACAAAAUUGUAGACCUGCACCAGGCUGGGAAGACUGAAUCUGCAAUAGGUAAGCAGCUUGGUUUGAAGAAAUCAACUGUGGGAGCAAUUAUUAGGAAAUGGAAGACAUACAAGACCACUGAUAAUCUCCCGUGAUCUGGGGCUCCGCGCAAGAUCUCGCCCCGUGGGGUCAAAAUCAUCACAAGAACGGUGAGCAAAAAUCCCAGAACCACACGGGGGGACAUAGUGAAUGACCUGCAGAGAGCUGGGACCAAAGUAACAAAGCCUACCAUCAGUAACACACUACGCCGCCAGGGACUCAAAUCCUGCAGUGCGAGACGUGUCCCCCUGCUUAAGCCAGUACAUGUCCAGGCCCGUCUGAAGUUUGCUAGAGAGCAUUUGGAUGAUCCAGAAGAAGAUUGGGAGAAUGUCAUAUGGUCAGAUGAAACCAAAAUAUAACUUUUUGGUAAAAACUCAACUUGCCGUGUUUGGAGGACAAAGAAUGCUGAGUUGCAUCCAAAGAACACCAUACCUACUGUGAAGCAUGGGGGUGGAAACAUCAUGCUUUGGGGCUGUUUUUCUGCAAAGGGACCAGGACGACUGAUCCCUGUAAAGGAAAGAAUGAAUGGGGCCAUGUAUCGUGAGAUUUUGAGUAAAAACCUUCCAUCAGCAAGGGCAUUGAAGAUGAAAUGUGGCUGGGUCUUUCAGCAUGACAAUGAUCCCAAACACACCGCCCGGGCAACGAAGGAGUGGCUUCGUAAGAAGCAUUUCAAGGUCCUGGAGUGGGCUAGCCAGUCUCCAGAUCUCAACCCCAUAGAAGAUCUUUGGAGGGAGUUGAAAGUCCGUGUUGCCCAGCAACAGCCCCAAAACAUCACUGCUCUAGAGGAGAUCUGCAUGGAGGAAUGGGCCAAAAUACCAGCAACAGUGUGUGAAAACCUUGUGAAGACUUACAGAAAACAUUUGACCUCUGUCAUUGCCAACAAAGGGUAUAUAACGAAGUAUUGAGAUAAACUUUUGUUAUUGACCAAAUACUUAUUUUCCACCAUAAUUUGCAAAUAAAUUCAUUAAAAAUCCUACAAUGUGAUUUUCUGGAUUUCUUUUUCUCAUUUUGUCUGUCAUAGUUGAAGUGUACCUAUGAUGAAAAUUACAGGCCUCUCUCAUCUUUUUAAGUGGGAGAACUUGCACAAUUGGUGGCUGACUAAAUACUUUUUUGCCACACUAUAUAUAUACAAAUGUUUGAUGAUUCGUUGGAGGGCAUAGCAGGAUUGAGAGGCCAGAUCAAGGACUCUGACCAAUCAGCCACAAUCACAGGCUCAGGACAGAGCGGGACUCAAGCGAUUGGCAGCUCCAAAGAGCAUCAACGUGAGUCAGUAAAUCAGUAGCCUGUGUGGUGCGGCGAAGGCAGGGUCCGGAGAUAGGUAGAGGAUUUUUAUUUUUAUUUAUUAUAGAUCCCCACUACUCUUCCUGGGACAGGAACAUUUAAGACAGUUUAUACAAUUUUAAAAACAUUACAACUGUCACGCCCUGACCUUAGUAUUCUUUGUUUUCUUUAUUAUUUUGGUUAGGUCAGGGUGUGACAUGGGUGAUUUAUAUGUUUUUGGCCUGUCUAGGGUUUUUGUAUGUUUAUGGGGUUUGUUACCAGUCUAGGGGUUUUGUAUGUCUAUGGUUGCCUAGAUUGGUCCUCAAUUAGAGGCAGCUGUUUAACGUUGUCUCUGAUUGGGAACCAUAUUUAGGUAGCCAUAUUCCUUGAGUAUUUCGUUGGUGAUUAUCCAUGUCUAUGUUUAGUUGCUUGUGUCAGCGCUAUGAUUAUAUAACUUUACGUUCGUUUUGUAUAGUUCUUUCAGUUUUCUUUCUUUAUUAAAAGAAGAUGCAUUCAAAUCA